UCCGAAGGAACAGAGAAAAACUUUUGCUCAGCUGUGGGCAGUGCGGGGGGGCUGCAAACCCGCGGUUCGUCUUUUUGGAGAGGCUUCUCUCGUGCCGAACCUGGCGGGUACGGAGCGCGGCUGCGCCACCGAGCCAUGACGUCCCCCCCAGCCUUUUUUACUGUCAAAACCCAGGAUAAGAUGUCUUGGGAUAUUGAAUAUAUCAACGGGCGUUUAACACCCUGGUGCUCUGUCCACUCAACAGCACCCUUCAUGAACUCCCAAACAUCUAAAUCGAGGGAGUAUAUCACAUUUGUAAAAAAUCUAUGAAAUUUUGCCUAUCUGAAAACGUCAUAAUAAUCUUCCUUCCAAAAAAUCAAAUCGUGUCCCCAUUUGCACCAGAGUUUAAUAACUUUCUCCUCUGACGCAGUAAACGGAACCUGAGCUUCCGAAGGUACAUUUUCCCAACUUUCCUCCCACCUUUUGCGAAUGGCAGGAUCUUCAGGAAGGGAAAAAAUAACAGUACCUUUAGACAGUGUCCUUGUGGAUCCAGCUGUGCAGCUCUGCUGCUCUGCGGUCUCUGGACACAAUCUCCAGGAAAGUCCAACAGGUUCUCCUGUUUGCCUUGGCUGUGAACUCUGCCCAUCUUCAGGGUCUCGUUUCUUCAGCUCCAGGCUAGAUUCCACGGUCACUCUUGGGGUGACCAUCAGUUUCACACGUCCAGGGGUCACCAAUUCUUGCUUUGACUGCAACCCCUGGUGCGAGGACACGAGGCUUGACUCCACUUUCAUCAGAAGGCUGAUUUAUUAUGAUAUAUAUUAUACUAAAAUGCUACAUUACAACUAUACUAAAAGAACAGAGAGAGAAAGAUCAGAAGGCUACAAAGACAAGAAUAGAACAGGAAUCAAUAACAAAAAUCCUGUGACUGCGCACAGCCUUGACACAGGUGGCUGUGAUUGGUCACUGAUUGAAAACAAUCCACAUGAACCAAGAUUCACCUGUGGCACUCCACAGGAGCAGAUAGUUAUUGUUUACAUUUCUUUCCUGAGGCCCUCAGCUCCUCAGGACAGGAAAAAUCCUAGCAGAGGCUUUUUCACUAAAAAUCCUGGCAACACCAUAUUUUGCCCAUCUAUGGUGAUCCAGCAGAAUGUCAAACCCAAGAGCAAUGCCCCAAGAGCAGAGGUGGUGCUGGGGAAAGGGAGGCAGGGCUUCAAAGUGUCUCAGGAUGGGUCCCCAGCUGGACUUGGCUGUUAUUUCAGCCAGAGCUUGGCCAGUUCUGUGUGAUUCCAGCAACUGAAAGCUUAAGGACAAUGACUCAUCUUUGGGAUUAUGUUUUGCAAUUCCUCCUUCAUCGCAGGGACCAUGCUUAGAAGGUUUGCCUGCUUGCAUGGUACAUCCAUUCCCUCCCUUCUCUUUCUAGCUCCUCAUAUGUUCCUUUGUCCUCCAUUUUCUCCAGGCCAAGACCCAGCACCAGAAGCCAAGAGAAGAGCCCGGAGUAUGCAGCUCUGACUGGCUAUCCUCUUGCCAAGAGGUUUUCCCUGGCAAGUCCCUCGAUGCUCCUUCCCUCCAAGCCGUUGCCUCCCAUCCAGAGGAGCUCUCCUUCUGCCACGCCAAGCAAGAUGUGCAGCGGAGAGCAGGAGACUGGGAAUGCUGGCAACGGCUGGGAUGAGGAGAGUAGAAAAAGCCAGGAGCUCAGAGCAGAGGGAAAAGGAAGAGAGACCUCCUUGCUGUGCUCCACUGGCGGGGAAAUGAAGAAGAGACAAUUGGGAAAAUCUUUAAUCCCCCGUCUACGCAAGGCAGGAAUUCCCCCUGUGGGCAGUGCUGCUGGGUCUGUGCACAGCUCUCCAAAGAUGGAAUUGCAGGAGUCCCAGGAGAUGAGCGCAAGACCCAGCAGCAGAAGCCAAGAGAAGACCCCAGAGUAUGCAGGCCUCUCACUGAGUCAGGUCAAGGAGACAGAUCAUCCCAGCAGUCCUGGUCUUAGGAGUGACAAGGAGCGGAGGGACAUCUUUGGAAAGACCCGCGCUGAAUUGUGCAGGUUGGCUAAAGAGAACUUAGAGCAGAAGAAAAUGGAGAUUUUGAUGGAAGAGAUGAAGAGGAGACAAAAUGAGAAAUCAUUGCAGCUUCCUCCAGAGACAUUUGAGCCUGGAGAUGCAGCUGAAGCAAGCUUCAGCCUACCACCUAUCAAUGGCACAGCUCCCAGUGUACAGAGAAAAGACCCUGGUAGCGCCAUGAAGAAAACGGUCGUGAGAAAGCAGGACACGGUGCCCUUACAGCCCAGUACGCCCACCCUCCAUGGAGAUGGCAGCUUCCCACGCAGCUCCUCGGGGAACGGAAGAAGAAGGGACUCUUGAACAUCACACUGCUGGCUGAGUCCCAUUCAGAAGUCCUGCUCUGUCGGCUUCG